AUGGCAGCAAGAGAUGAAAACCCGGUGAUCGAGGGCGAAAACCGUUACCUAGGGGAUCUCCGCCUUUACCGAAACACCAGCGCGAACAUCCCAGCUGAGAUGAGCACAAGACUAUGGCUGACUGGACUGCCUGCAUUCUGCACCUACCACCAAUUCUUCAUGGCAAUCCGAGGCGGUGGGCGCGUUUAUGCUACCCAUGUUGUCGAUCCGAACGACAACAUUCCCACCUCGGCUGCUUCUAUGACGUUCUUCUCCGAGACCGAUGCGAAUGCAUUCAUUGAGCGAUGCCAGUCGACGCCACUGAUGCUCGGUCACCACGAGGUUUCCGUGCGUAUACACAGAAUUUUCACGGAGGCUGUGCGCACCAACAGCCAGUCGAGAGCUCUCUGCAUCACGGGACACCCCUACGUCGCCGACCCGAAGUUCCUGGACUGGCUAUUCCGAGAGAAGUGGGGGAUAAAGUACGACGUCGAUAUGGUGCUGCACACACCUGGCACCAGCAGUAGCCGAGUUGUAUACGUGUUCGGCAGCGUCAGAGGCCAGUCCGAGCGUAUCUACUCGAGGCUGAUCCGAGAUUUCUCAAACUCGGUGUCAGUCAAGUACCUCAAGGACCCGGCGGCCUGA